GCGAGGAGCGCCCCACCCCGGCGGAGGGGACGGUUUUCGGCUGGAGGUGGUGGAGGGACAGUUAGGACUCAACGCCACCCGGGGGUGUGGGGAGCUGGAUGAGUGCGGGAAAUCGGUAGAUCAGAGUCAAGGCGUGUGGGUGCGAGCGGCGGGAGGUGCCAAGGGGUCCGCGGGGUUCCCGGGUGUCUCCGCAGUGUCCUGUCCCGUGGCUGCCCGCGGUUCCGGGGCUCCGCCCAGUCGCGGAGCCCAGCCUCUCCCUGGCCGGGUCUCCUCCCAAAGGUGCGGGUGGCAGCGCCACUCCCUCCGCUCCCUCCCCAGCCGCGCGCGUCUCAUUCCAGCGCCCCAUUCCGUGCAUUCCUGCCGGGCUCCUCUGCAAACUCCAGCCCCGGGGGUGGGGACCGGCCUCAGCUACGCGCUCGGGGCCCCGCAGCCGUCGCCGCGGCUGGAAGACUUGGCGCCCCGCGUGGACCUGCUGCAGCCGGCCGAGCUCUCCCACCCCGCCUCCCGAACCCUGGGACCGGUCCAACGGGCGCUCCUCCAAGCCGAGCCUUGGAGGGCAAGGCCGGCACCAUUACCUCCAACGAGUGGAGCUCUCCCGACUCCCCCGAGGGGAGCAGCAUCUCUGGGGGCAGCCAGGCACUGGACAAGCCCAUCGACAAUGAUGCAGAGGGUGUAUGGAGCCCCGAAAUUGAGCGAAGCUUCCAGGAGGCCCUGGCCAUCUACCCACCCUGCGGCCGCCGCAAAAUCAUCCUGACAGAGGAAGGCAAGAUGUAUGGUCGGAAUGAGCUGAUUGCACGCCACAUCAAGCUCAGGACAGGGAAGACGCGCACAAGGAAGCAGGUCUCCAGCCACAUCCAGGUGCUUGCCCGUCGAAAAGCCCGGGAGAUCCAGGCCAAACUCAAGUUUUGGCAAGGCGCUUUGCCAGGCCAACCUGGAACGUCCCACGAUGUGAAACCUUUCUCUCAAAACACCUACCCUGUCCAGCCUCCGCUGCCUCUGCCAGGCUUUGAGUCUCCUGCAGGGCCCACCCCCUCGCCCUCCGCACCGCCCGCUCCUCCGUGGCAAGGCCGCAGCAUAGCUAGCUCCAAGCUCUGGAUGUUGGAGUUCUCGGCUUUCCUGGAGCGCCAGCAAGAUCCCGACACAUACAACAAACACCUGUUCGUGCAUAUCAGCCAGUCAAGCCCAAGCUACAGUGACCCCUACCUCGAAACUGUGGACAUCCGCCAAAUCUAUGACAAGUUCCCAGAGAAGAAGGGAGGCCUCAAGGAGCUAUUUGAACGGGGGCCCUCUAAUGCCUUCUUCCUUGUGAAGUUCUGGGCAGACCUCAAUACCAACAUUGACGACGAGGUCAGCGCCUUCUAUGGGGUCUCCAGCCAGUACGAGAGCCCAGAGAACAUGAUUAUCACCUGUUCUACGAAGGUCUGCUCAUUUGGCAAGCAAGUGGUGGAGAAAGUUGAGACGGAGUAUGCCCGCUAUGAGAAUGGCCACUAUUUGUACCGCAUCCACCGGUCCCCUCUCUGUGAGUACAUGAUCAACUUUAUCCACAAGCUGAAACACUUACCCGAGAAGUACAUGAUGAACAGUGUGCUGGAGAACUUCACCAUCCUGCAGGUGGUCACCAACCGAGACACACAGGAGACCUUGCUGUGUAUUGCAUAUGUCUUCGAAGUUUCAGCCAGCGAGCACGGGGCUCAGCACCACAUCUACCGGCUUGUGAAAGAAUGAGAGACUUGGAGAGCGAUGGUAGGGGGGACAAGUCCAGGACAUGGGGACCUGGGAGGGGACCUUCAGGGACAGUCCCCUGGAAGUGCCAAGAGAGCCAAGCAGAGUUGCCAGGUCUCUUCUUACCAGGAGCAAACUGCCUGAUCUUGCAGUGCUCAACCCCCAAUAAACCCAAGGUGUCAAGUAUUUUCAGAGGAAGCUAGUUUGGCCUGUGUGAGCCCAGAAGGGCAGGGGAGAAGGGGGCAUCAGGAAGCAAGCUGGAAGCAACGGUCCAGAGUGCUCCAGGACAGCCAAGGAACCAGAACCCUGGUGGACUCAGCCAGGCAUAUCACCAAGACACCAAAGCUCAAGACCCAGCUGCUGGAACCUCACACUCCUGCUGCUGGUCACCCUAGUGGCCUGAGGACAGAUGGCACGUGGGUCACACACCCAGAGAUGCUGUGCGUGACUUUAUGUACACUGUCAGUCAGUCCUGCCAUUGGUGCCUGAGAAUGGCUACUGCAGAAGGCCCCAUCCCUGCAAACAGGGCUGGAUUUAGGUGUGGCUGCAAUACAGUUGUUGGAGGGAGACUGGGUAAGAGCUACUCAGGUGGCUUUGUUCUUUCUGCAGUGGCCCUGCAGGGGGCAGGGGCUCCAAACUGAAGCAAGGCUUGGAGGUAGGGCAUCCUGCCUCAGGGCCAGCAUUUCCAGCUGCCUGGCCUCCACAGGCUCCUCGGCUUCUCUAUUAGUCUCCUUUCUUCUCUGCUCAGCACUGACGAGGGGAGGUGUCUGUAAAGUACCCGGGUCUUGCGGUGCCAGUUAAAUAAUCUAAUCCUCAGCCCCAUUGCUUCUCUCCCUCUGGAGGGCCUGGAUCUGUCUCUCUGCUGCCCUCUCAAGGCUUUCUGGUGUCUGCUUUCCCCAGUUGGAGCCAGUUCUAAUAGUCUGGAGCCUCAGGAAGAAAGAUACAACCUGGGCAUGUUUGUGUGUACCCAGGACUCAGGGAUGCAUCUGUGAGGAUGCAGAAAUGGGCAGGACAGCAUUGUGGUGAUGCUACAGAGGUGAGGGACAAGGGCUCUGGAGUCAGUCUAGCCUGACUUUGGUGUGCAACCUUUUAAAAAAAAAAUGUUGUGGUGCCUCAGUUUUCCCCAUCUGUAAAAUGGGUAUAACAUUCACCUACCUCGUGUAUGGACAGUGCCUCACACAGUGCUGAGCACAUCCACAUGUUCAAUAAAUAUGCAUCGGUACUAACUGUGAGAACUUCAACUCCAGCGAAGGACCCUGGCUGGAGAGCUAUAUGCACUAGGGUGGGGUGGUCCCUACAGUAACUGCCUGUCACAGAGAGGAGGAAUCCGAGGGUCUCAGGGAAGAGGUAGUCCUUGAGGGAACAGGUUAUGAGAGGAAGGUGGCUAAUAUUUAUUGAUGUUAUUUCUGUGGUUUUUGGUGUUGGGGCCAAGGUUUGACACAGGCUAAGUGACUAUGCCAGAAGUAUGCAAAUAGGCAUAUGGAAGGAGGUUGGCUGCAUCUCAGAUGAGGAAGACAGACAAGCCGCCCAGUCUUUCUGUAGCCCCAAAUUCCUUCUCCUUAACUCAGAGCAAUUUAACCCAUAUGCUGCUCCCCACUGUGUUAGGAUGGUGGCUAGACCCAGGCCUCCUCCCAUCCUA